AUGGGGAUUAGAAGCCUCACCAAGUUCGUGGACACACACUAUGCUCGGUGGGAGCGCGGCAGGCGGGUCCAGGGGACGCUGGUGGUGGACGGGAACUGCAUCCUCCACUCUCUGCACACCAUGGAAUGGUCCAACGGAGGUCAGUACAGGGAGUUCAGAAACGCCGUUUGCCGCUUUUAUUCCAAACUCCUGGAGUCUGGAAUAACACCGAUCGUUGUGUUCGACGGCGUGGACGAGGCUCAGAAGAUCGAUACCCUCCUGCGGAGGAAGCGGGAAUGGGUGAAUACUAUACACAAGAGGAUCACUGACAACGCCUCCCGCCAGCCAAAGUCCCACGGACGAAUUCUGCCUCCUCUCUCUAGUGAGGUCUACCGCAUGGCUCUUUACAGUCUUGACAUCCAGUUCUAUGUAGCUGACGGAGAGGCAGAUGUUGUCACUGCUAGACUAGCCAACUACUACGGCUGCCCUGUCCUCUCCCAGGACUCUGACUUUUACGUUUUUCGUUUGGUGGGAGGUUUUAUUCACUUUGACCGUUUCUACGGGAACUCUCGUGUAGUGACAGCAGACGUGUACCACCGUGACCAGUUUACCGCUCAACUCUGCUUGAGAGAUACGAGCCUGUUUUGUAUUAUUCCAGCCAUCGUAGGCAAUGAUUUCAUGGUGCCAUGCACCGUGGGCUUUGUCAGCCGAAUAGUUUGUUCCCUGUCCAACACUGGAAGUGCAGGCUCCAACAUCAGAGCCAUUUGCAGGCACUUGAGUCACUUUUCUUCAGUCAGAGAGUUCACAGAGCUCUCGUUUGGUGGCAAAAAGCUGGAGCUGCGAUGUCAGAAAGCUUUGGAGUGGUACGAGGUUCCAGACAACCUCAGCUGCAAGGAGCUGGUUUCAUCGACUAAUCUCAGGCACCACAAUGGGGACAGGUUUCCCGAGUGGUUGGUGAGGCUAUUUCACUUAGGUCGUCUACCAUCAUCCCCCAUGGAUGCUGCAAUUUCGUCCCAGGCUAUUUUUCGCGUCGUUGCCGACAAUUUUCAAAAGGAAAGUUCGGUGUUGGCCGGGCAACCCAUACGGCGGCACAUGUACGCUCUGCUAGAGGUCGAAACAGUUGUUGAAGUCGUCCGCUGUGGGUUAACCAUUACAGGAGUCAAAACGACAAGACGUGAGUUGAGUGGAGUGUUCAGGGGAGUGACUGUUGCAUCGAUCGAGUCCCUUGGCCACCAAGAGAGGCAGAGUCUAUUCUAUGAAAUCCUUGAGUGUGACAAACUGAACAUCAACCUCAAGUUGAGUGGGAGCUACCAAGACUGGAGGUUUGUGGCAGCCACUGUCAGUUACUGGGCGAAAACUACAUGUCCUCCUGAGCAUCUAGUGAGAGCUCUGCUCUUGUGUUUCAUGCUAUGCUCUGGUUUGCCUGAUGCGAAGUUUAACUCUCUUCGUCGCUGGUUAUUGAAAUUGCCAUCAGCCUUUCGCCAGAGCCAAGAGUGGCUGGACACGCUGCAUUGGUUCAGUCAGUGGCAAGCUAUCUACCAUGCAGCGUGGACCCUGAAUGCCCUCCUCAUGGAGCCAAUGUUGGUGUUCUCUCCUGCUUUCCUCUAUGAUGGUGAGCUGGUCAUGUACCUCGCUAGCUCAGGAGACACCACUGAGCGGCUGUGUGAAGUAGACACGACCCUGUAUAACCGUCUGGAGGAAAUAGUGUUUAGUGCUCAACUGGUGACUCCACCAUAUAGUGCCUCAGAGUCUUCGUCAGACACUGCAAGCAUAGAGGAAUCGGUUCACUCUGAUGAAGCUGAUCUAACGCGUGAGAGUCCCCGACUUGCUACUGCUUCCAUUAACUCAGUUGAUGAGCAGCAGGGCCCUAGCAAUGCACAGAGUACACAUUCAACACAGGUGACUAGUGACAAAAGACAGAACAUGCAUACACAUCAAACACAAGAUACCACUUCUCGCCACUCAACUGACGAGCAUCAGGGUGUGACCGAUACACAGAACACACCAUCACCACAAGUAGAGUGUAGCAAAGAACAAGUAAAACCUAAGCAUGAAGAUAUGGAACACAUUGGAGAGCAACAGAAGUCUAUCGAGCAUGCUAACAUUGCCUGGGGCUCUGAGGCCGAGACUACUACAGUGGGUCAAAGUGCUGUCCAAAGUGGCACUACCACACCAAAGACCAAGAGAAAGCGUUCAAGACAAAAGAAAGCCAAGCCUAAAACUGCCAAUGUUGAAGUGGUAUCUGGUACUGGGGGAAAUACCCCUGACAAACGUCCAAUGGAUAGCCCUUCCACAGCGAUACCCUCAGCACACUCCUCUGCUAAGAAACCUUCUGAAUUGAAAUCCCCAGCUGCUACAACCAUGGACAGCACCAAUGAUACAGCUCACGCAAAACGUAAGAGGAAACGUUCGAGGCACAAGAAGGCUCAGCCGACCCAGCAAACAAGAAAGGAAAUGACGCAUCACAAUAGACAGACUGGGAACUCUAGCAACCCACCAGGGAUUGAUAGCAGUCCACUCGCACCCCAACCUGUUGGAGUACAAAUCUCCUCAGUCCAAGGAGCUGGUGCCAUGUCAGUGGCUGAUAAACCAGUACAAGUGAGGACACAAAUUGAGCAAGGGGAAGGGCCUGCAACAAGUCCCAAAAAGACCAAGCAGUACUACUUUAUCUGCUCCUCAAAAUGGUAA